GGUUUCCUCUGUCGACAUAGCGAAAGAGAUUUCGAUAGUCAUGGUGAAAGAGACGAAAGGCAAUAAAUCCGUCGCUGGAGAAGCGUCCAGCAGCAGCCGCAGCCGAAGAAAGAGACAACGUCUUCCUUCCGUUGCUGAAGAUGAAGGCAGAGUAACGGCGAGUGUCGACGGCGAUGAAGUGACACCGGAGGGAAGAUCGGGGACGCUUCUCGAUUUGGACAUUCUCGAUUGCCCCGUUUGCUGCCUUGCAUUCACCGAACAUGUUUUUCAGUGUGACAAUGGACACUUAGCUUGUUCAUCUUGCUGUCUUAAACUGAGAAACAAAUGCCCUGCCUGCGCUUUACCCAUUGGUUACAACCGAUGCAGAGUCAUGGAGAGACUUAUCGAAUCAGUCACUGUCCCCUGCCUAAACGCUAAACAUGGUUGUACAGCUAAAUUUGUGUACGGCAAAGAAUUAGCUCAUGAGAAAGAAUGUGUUUUUACUCUCUGCUACUGCCCUGCACCUAACUGCAACUUCGCUGGCGUGUAUAAAGAUCUCUACAGUCACUAUGAUGCGAACCACAAGGAUGCAUCGAUGCGAUUCGUCUCUGGCACUCUCCGCAACACAUAUCUGAGCGCAAAUUCGAAGCUUUCAGUCUUUCAGGAAUGUGGAGGUGGUCCUUUGGUUGUGGUUCAGUGUUUCGAAGUGGCGGAAGGAAUGUCUGUGACUGUGAACUGUAUAGCUCCAUCUGCUCCAGGAGUUGGGGAGUUUUCCUUUAGCUUAAGCUACUCGAUGGGACGUCACACUGUGACUUUUGGAUUAGCGGACAUGAACAGGAUUCAGAAAGUGAGCUUCGAGACUCCUGAGGAUGACUUCAUGUCAAUUCCUUCCUAUUCGAAUCUGCCGCUUAAUGUUGAGUACUUGCGUAUAUGCAUCCGCCAGCUAGAAGAUGAAGCUGCUGAAGAUGAUGAUGAAGAAGAGGUUGGUGAAGAUGAUGAAGACGAGGCUGGUGAAGAAGAAGAAGCUGUUGAGGAGAAGAAAAUUCGCAGGUCAGCUAGGGAGAAGAAGACUAACUCCAAAUACCAAAGCAAAGGCAAGUAACCAAAAGCGUUCUCCUUUCAAUUAUAUAUAUUUAGUUAGGGGGUUUCUGUUCACCUAUGUUCUCUUCCAUGUCUUCUUUUUGUUGUGUGAUGUUUAGUGUUUCGAAGUUUGUAAGAACUCAUGUUCCUCCUUUCUGUUUAAGAAAAAGGAAACUAGUUUAUCUACGUAGAACUAAGGUUUAUAGUGUUCCUAAACGACUUGGUUUGAUUCUUCUAACUUGUUUCUAGUGAAAUUCAUAUUA